CCAGCCGCCGGCGCUCAGGGCUGGAGGCCGGCUGCAGACGCUGUGGGCCUGGAUGGAGGGCAGCAGCAGGGGGCCAGGCAGGCAAAGGAAAACACCUUGAGCUGGCCAGGAGCUGGCCAGCCCGAAUGAGCCUGCUGGUUGUGCCCACAGCAACCUAGAUGCUGAGCCCUGUGCUCCGUGAUACCCUCACCACAACUUGCUCAGGCUCACACAGCCAGUUAUGGGACAAGGAUGGCCAGACUGCACGUGGCCACGAGUGCAUCUCAGCGCUCCUAGGCUGAGGCUGGGCUGGCCGCCAUGGGGCUGGGUGGGCCCCAGGCCUGGCUGUUGGGCUUGCCCACAGCUGUGGUCUAUGGCUCCCUGACCCUCUUCAUCACCGUUUUGCACAACGUGUUCCUGCUUUACUAUGUGGACACCUUUGUCUCAGUGUACAAGAUCAGCAAAGCUGCCUUCUGGGUCGGAGAGACGGUGUUUCUCCUGUGGAACAGCCUCAACGACCCCCUCUUCGGCUGGCUGAGUGACCAUCAGUUCCUCAGCUCCCAGCCCCGGUCAGGCACUGGGCUCUCCUCGAGGGCCGUGGUGCUGGCACGGGUGCGGGCACUUGGCUGGCAUGGGCCGCUGCUGGCGCUGUCGUUCCUGGUGUUCUGGGUGCCCUGGGCCCCAGCGGGCCUGCAGUUCUUGCUGUGCCUGUGCCUCUAUGACAGCUUCCUGACGCUCGUGGACCUGCACCAUCACGCCUUGCUGGCUGACCUGGCCCUCUCAGCCCACGACCGCACCCACCUCAACUUCUACUGCUCCCUCUUCAGCGCAGCUGGUUCCCUCUCUGUCUUUGCCUCCUACGCCUUCUGGAACAAGGAGGACUUCUCUUCCUUCCGUGCCUUCUGCGUGACACUGGCGGCUGGCUCUGCGCUAGGCUUUGUGGGGGCCACACGGCUGCUGAGGCGGCGGGUAGAGGCGGCUGGUAGGGAGCCAGGGUGUCCAGACCUGGCUGCGGAUAGCGGCCUGUGUGGAGAGGAGGUGGGCAACAUCACCUUGGGCCAGUACCUCUGGCAGCUGGCGCAUCACCGGAACUUCCUGUGGUUCGUGGUCAUGGACCUGGUGCAGGUCUUCCACUGCCACUUCAACAGCAACUUCUUCCCUCUCUUCCUGGAGCAUCUGUUGUCAGACCACAUCUCCCUCUCCACCGGCUCCUUCCUGCUGGGCAUCUCCUAUGUCGCUCCCCAUCUCAACAACCUCUACUUCCUGCCCCUGUGCCGGCGCUGGGGCGUCUACACCGUGGUGCGGGGGCUCUUCCUGCUUAAGCUGGGCCUGAGCCUGCUCAUGCUUCUGGCCGGCCCCGACCGCCCCGGCCUGCUCUGCCUCUUCAUUGCCAGCAACCGUGUCUUCACGGAGGGCACCUGUAAGCUAUUGACCUUGGUGGUCACUGACCUGGUGGAUGAGGACCUGGUGCUGAACCGCCGCAAGCAGGCAGCCUCGGCGCUUCUCUUUGGCAUGGUGGCCCUGGUGACCAAGCCAGGCCAAACCUUGGCUCCACUGCUGGGCACCUGGCUACUGUGCUUCUACACAGGUCAUGAUCUCUUCCAGCAGUCCCCACUGACCCCUGUGGUGAGUGCCCAGCCCUGGCCAGAACCUCCGGCCCCACCCCCGGUUCAGGCCCCUACACUCCGCCAGGGCUGCUUCUACCUGCUGGUGCUGGUGCCCAUCAUCUGUGCUCUGCUGCAACUGUUCACCUGGUCCAAGUUCACGCUGCAUGGGAGACGCCUGCGCAUGGUCAAAGCCCAACGCCAGAAUCUGUCACAAGUCCAAACCCUUGACAUUAAGACAGUGUGAGAGGUGCAACAAGGCCACUCUGAUGAGGACACUGCCCACAGCUCUGGGCAGGAGCCACUUUUGCCAGCCUGGUGUCCUGCUCCCCUGCCAUCAUUGGGUGCAGCCUCGAGAUCAAAUGGCAGAAUGGGAGCUCCUGGGUCUGAGCCAGGAGAGUCAUUGGGUUUAAGAUCUUGCUUGGCUAUCUGGCCCAGCUUGGGCAAGAGCUGGGCCAAAUUUGCUCAGGGACCUGCUUGCCCCUAUGGGCAGGAGUAAGAAAAGGACCAAGAAGGGAUGGGAAUGCCCUGUGGUCACUUGGGGUUGCCACAGGGCACAGAGGCCUAUCCCACCUGCCUGGGGCUGGGGCUUCAUGUGCGCUCAGGAACCACUUUUGAUACUGCCUUUCAUCCAGUCAGGGGAAGCUGACUGGGAGUCCCACCCACUCCCUCCCUCCACCCUCCCAGUGGUGUCUGCGUUGUCUGCUUCAGUUGUGCCUGAAGCAGCUUGCCCCCACUGCUGCAGGGCUUCUCCACGCCCACCUGGCCUCCUAAGAGGUUCGGCUCAUCAAACGGAUUAAAGUCAUUCUGUUCCCAU